AUGACGUCCUACGACCAAAUAACAAAACACCUCCGCUCCUUCCACUUCCCCUUCGCUCUCCGCCUCCCCCAAACACAACAAGAGCGCUUCGCCCUCGCCCUAGGUACAACAGCCGCAAUCGGCACCUCCCUCAUCCUCCCAGCUAUCUAUCGCGAUUACCGCACCUUCCGCUCCUACGGCCCUGGCGGCGUCCCAAAUAAUGUAUUCGGAUGGUUAAUUGUGCGCGCGGUCUUCCAGCCAUUGAUGAGCGAGAUGUUUUCGACGGAGAUAUACGUACAGCGCGUUCAUGCGCUCGAGGGACACGGGGCCGGGGAGGCGGGGUUCCUUACUCUUGCCCCGGAGCAGGCGCGCUCGGUUAAGGAGAGGCCUGUUGUUGGGCCGCAUGUUGUUCCUCAGAGGCAGUUGACUCAGUUGCCCGAGGAAGAGAUUAAGGAUAAACUCGAUGCUGCAUUCAGGGCUUUCGGUCGUCGGAACCAUCACCUGGUUAAAUUCCAGCGCUCGGGUCAGGAAGCGCAUGCUGAGGCUCUCUUCCUGGCCGAUCGUCUCCCGCGCUCGGAUGUCGUGAAGGCGACCGACGGCGAGCUUGCGCAUUUGCACUCGAAUGGCGAUUAUUCGGCGCAUUUUCCAUUAGCACCUGCUGAUUGCAAGAAGGUUAUUGAGGCAGGCUGGGGCCAGCGACAUGGUUUCUCGGGUACAUCGGCCAUGUCGUGGCUGAGCCUUGGGAUGAGACCUGAUAUCCCAGCGGAGUUUCUACUGAUUUAUGCUCCACGGAAUGAUGCGGAGAUUCAGACGUUCAUGCAGAUUCUGGAGGCGAGCAUCAAGUAUACGACUGGCCGGGAGGAUGUGCGUUAA